ACUGUAAGUUUGAGUUCUAUAUAAACCAUCCCUAUUCUCCUUUUAACUUCAGUUGUUCAACCCUAAACCCUAAUUUUAGUUUCUGCUUCUGCAACCAUCCGAUUUUCAAGGAGGUUGUGAGAAUUGUUGGUGAGUGAUUGAUAUGGCUCCUACUAAGGUGGUCAAUGCUAAAAAGCCUGAUCCCAAAGCUCAGGCCUUGAAGACGGCUAAGGCCGUCAAGUCUGGUGGCCAAGUCCUUAAGAAGAAAGCGAAAAAGAUCAGGACAUCUGUUACAUUUCACCGGCCGAAGACAUUAACUAAGGAAAGAAACCCUAAAUAUCCUCGCAUCAGUGCUCCGCCCAGAAACAAGUUGGAUCACUAUCAGAUACUUAAAUUUCCUUUAACUACAGAAUCUGCAAUGAAGAAAAUCGAGGAUAACAAUACACUGGUUUUUAUUGUUGAUCUCCGUGCUGACAAAAAGAAGAUUAAAGAUGCUGUGAAGAAGAUGUAUGACAUUCAGGCCAAGAAAGUAAACACAUUAAUCAGGCCAGACGGAACUAAGAAGGCCUAUGUUCGGUUGACUCCAGAUUAUGAUGCCUUGGAUGUUGCCAACAAGAUUGGUAUAAUCUAAGUUGUACUCUUAUAUUAUAGAAAAGUCAAUAGUUCUUCUAUAUGUCCCUAUUUUGGGGCUUUUUUUUUCUCUGUAUUGACGGUUGUUCAUUCAAUUUUGAGCUGAGUACAUUUUUAUGAAUUAGGGUUUAUGCUGGUAUAAUUAUUCUCUGACCGAUUGCCUGCCUUCUUGUUUUAUCAUUAGUACCACGUUAUUUUAUAUCUCAUG